AUGGCCUCCCUAUUCGCAGAACGUGCUUUCCGCCACGACAGCAUCCCAUUCGAUCCCGCUCGAGACCUCCAGAGCAGCGACAACCCGGUCAUCCAAGAACUGCGCGAGACGGUUCCCGAUCUCAAAAUCUACACUCGCUCGUCUCCACGUUACGAGUCGGUGCGUCAGGUGUACAAUCUCUUGAACAAAGCACAGCCGCUGGUCAUCUGCCGCCCCCAGAGCAUUCCCCAAGUCCAAGCCAUCGUGAGGACGGCGGCGCGUUUCGAUGCCCCCCUCGCCGUGCGAUGCGGCGGACACGAUGUCUGGGGCCGUGGCUGCAUCGCCGACUCCGUCACCAUCGAUAUGCGGGAGAUGGAUACGCAGCAGCUGGCCACUGGCGGCAGCUCUGUCACCAUUGGCGGCGGUGUCACCAGCGACAACUUCGUGGGCUUUCUUCACUCGCACGGUCUCUGCACCGCCAACGGCACCGCCGGCCAUGUCGGAUGGACCGGGUGGGCCAUAUGGGGCGGCUACGGGCCUCUGAACGAUUAUGUUGGCCUCGGUGUCGACAACAUCUUGGCCGCCAAGAUGGUCACGGCUACUGGCGACCUAGUCGAGGCCGAUGAGGACCUGCUCUGGGGUAUCCGCGGCGCCGGCGGCAACUUGGGUGUCAUUGUAGAAACGAGAGUCAAGGUCUACCCUAUUCAUAGGAUUCUCGCCGGCUUCAUUGGGUACUCAUGGGAUGAAGCCGAGGCAGUGCUCCUCAAGCUACAGAGUCUCUUGGACAACGGCGUGCCGAAUUCCCUGUGUGUCCAAAUCGGCUUCAUGAAAUCAGAAUGGGGUAUUGGCAUGACGCUGAUCUUCAUUUGGCCCGCGCCAGACUUGGACGAGGGCAAGAAAUGGCUAGAGAUGGUGAGAGACCUAGGAACGGUCGUCGUGGACACCGUCGCGGAAACAACUUUCAAGGACUUUCAGAAGAUCACAUCGCGUCCUGUGACCGAUCCUGCCAAUGUCUACACGCGCAGUGCAUCUAUACCCAGCUUCACGACAGCCACCGUCGCGGAGCUCAAGCAAAGGAUAGAGGCCAUUCCCGACACGCGCCAGUACAAUGUCAUCGCCCACAUCGGACAUGGCAAGAGCACAGAGCCGAAUCCGUCUUCGUGCUUCGCAACCCGUCAGCCUCACGUUCUCUUCCAUAUCAACGCCUGCGACGAAGCCGACGAGAUGACAGGUGCGGCCGCAUGGGUUGACGAAGUGGUCUCCGGCCUGAAAAGUACUGGUGAGUUGAUGAAGCCGGUCUACGUGAGUUUCAUGGGCGAAGACGAAAACACAGAUCAGAGUUUUGGGGAUGGCUGGGAACGGCUGAAGGCUCUGAAAAGGCGUCACGAUGCGAAGGAUACAUUCCGCCACGCUCAACCAAAGCUGCCGCCUAUGUGA